AUGAAAAUCUUUGGUCUUUUAAUUAGCUUUACUCUCUUCUUCUUUUCUCCGUUUGUAUGUCAAGCUAACUAUGAUUCGAACUUCACCCGCCAGCCGCCUCGUCCCCUCUUCAUUGUCUCACACGGGCGUUCAAAUUUUCUCAAUGUGCACGUAUCAUUGGCGGGUAAAGACCACAUGAGGGUAACAUACAUUACAGACGACAAGCAUGUGGCAUCGAUGGUGGAGUAUGGUAAACGUCCGAAAAAGUACGACAGAAAAACCUCCGGAGAAUCCACUUCUUACAGAUUCUUCUUUUACAGUUCCGGAAAGAUCCACCAUGUCAAGAUUGGUCCUCUUCAACCCAACACCAAAUACUAUUACCGUUGCGGAGGCCACGGUGACGAAUAUUCUUUCAAAACCCCUCCAUCCAAAUUUCCUAUAGAAUUCGCUGUAGCUGGUGACUUAGGCCAAACCGAUUGGACAAUAAGGACGUUAGAUCAGAUGAUGAAACGGGAUUUUGAUGUCUUCCUACUUCCCGGUGACCUCUCCUACGCAGACACCCACCAGCCACUUUGGGACUCCUUUGGCCGCCUCUUAGAGACACUGGCUAGCACCCGCCCAUGGAUGGUCACGGAGGGAAACCACGAGAUCGAGUCUUUCCCGAUCGAAGAACACAUAAGCUUCAAGUCAUAUAAUGCGCGAUGGCUCAUGCCUCACGCUGAGAGCCUCUCUCGCUCCAAUCUUUACUAUUCUUUUGAUGUAGCCGGCGUUCACACGGUUAUGCUUGGUUCUUACACCCCCUUUGACUCCCACUCAGAUCAGUAUAAGUGGCUCCAUGCCGAUUUAAGAAAGGUUGACCGUAAAAAGACGCCGUGGUUGGUGGCGGUGAUGCACGCACCAUGGUACAGCACAAACAAGGCGCAUUAUGGUUCUGGAGAGAAAAUGAGAAAGGCCCUUGAGAGUUUGCUCUAUCGUGCUCAAGUAGAUAUCGUCUUUGCCGGCCACGUUCAUACCUAUGAACGUUUCAAGCCGGUAUACAACAAGAAAGCCGACCCAUGUGGACCAAUGUACAUAACCAUAGGUGACGGAGGCAACCUAGAAGGUCUUGCUUUACGGUUCCAUAAGCCACAGUCACCUUUGUCGGCAUUCCGUGAAUCGAGUUUUGGACAUGGGAGAUUAAAGAUCACAGACAAUAAACGAGCACACUGGUCGUGGCAUAGAAACAACGACGAGAUGUCAGUUAUUGCGGAUGAAUUAUCGUUUGAAAGCCCUAGAGCAUCAUCACAUUGUCGUCGAUCAAAAUCGUUUUAGAUGGUAAGCUCUAAAAUCCACCCAUACUCCUAUAUCAUCUUUUGUGGUUGCGAAUGUGAAUAAAAAAAAAAAACUUUGUACACGCGAAAAGCUACACAAUAAAAUAAAAAUAAAAAAAAUGAAAAAGCCAACGCGAAUAAUCUUUUAUUUCUUUCAGAGAGAGAAGAAAAGGAGAAAUUAAAAUUAAGGAAAGCGAAAGCGUCUCCAUCCUAAAACCACAUGACACGUGUCCCUUUUGAUUGAUACUAAUAUUUUUAAAAAUACAUAAAAAUCUUAUACAAUAAUAUAUAUAUAUAAAAAACCCAAUCGAACGGCUGAGAUCAAAUCAACACCAUCGGGUAAUUUUGUUUUUGUUUUUUUUUUUGUGUCGGGAGGAAGGAAGGAGGGGAGGGGAGCGGAGGCGGAGCCAAUGCGCGUUUUUGGGGAAAGACUCGGAGGGAGGAAAAGUCAACGCAUUCGCAAACGAACG